ACCAUUCAUAAAUCACACUUUUAACAAGUCAGCCAUCUCAUCUUUUGACUUUUAGCUUCAAAGAGCUCUAAAUAUGGUGAAGUUGGCAAUUGGUAGCAUUGGUGACUCUUUUAGCGCAGGUUCAGUCAAGUCUUACUUGGCUGAGUUCAUUGCCACCCUUCUUUUCGUCUUUGCAGGUGUCGGAUCAGCUAUUGCUUAUGGUAAGCUCACAGCAGAUGCAGCACUAGACCCAGCUGGACUAGUUGCAGUGGCCAUAGCCCAUGCAUUUGCGCUCUUUGUUGGAGUCUCAAUAGCUGCCAACAUCUCCGGUGGCCAUUUGAAUCCAGCUGUCACCUUCGGAUUGGCUAUUGGUGGUAACAUCACCAUCAUAACCGGUCUAUUUUACUGGAUUGCCCAACUUCUUGGAUCCGUCGUUGCAUGUUUCCUCCUACAAUUUGUCACCGGUGGCUUGGCCGUUCCAACCCACGGAGUUGCUAGUGGCAUGAGCAGUAUUCAAGGAGUCGUGUUUGAGAUUAUCAUAACUUUUGCUCUAGUCUACACAGUCUAUGCCACCGCUGCUGACCCUAAAAAAGGAUCACUCGGAACCAUUGCACCCAUCGCAAUCGGUUUCAUUGUUGGAGCCAACAUUUUGGCUGCUGGAGCUUUCAGUGGUGGCUCAAUGAACCCAGCUCGGUCAUUCGGCCCAGCUGUCGUUAGUGGUGACUUUUCACAAAACUGGAUUUACUGGGUCGGCCCACUUAUUGGUGCUGGGUUGGCUGGAUUAAUCUAUGGUCGAGGAUGUAACAUCCUUAUUGUGAGGGCCAUUUCAAGAAUUGUGGAGGGCAGGAAGCCCAAGAAAACGGCAGCAGUAGCGGUCAUUGGCGGCGGAUGGCGUCGGGACGCAGCAGCACUAGCAGCAACCGUGGCGUCUAGAGGUAAUAAUAGCAGCGGCAACGAAAGAAGAGGGGAUAGAGAUGGUGACAGGAGAGCGGGCAGCAACAGCGUCUCAGCGGUGGCUCACCUUGGUCUCGUUGCUUUCCUUCAUAUCCGACUACACGACGUCCCACCGCCGGUCUUGGUCUCUAGCAACGUCAGAAAUGGCGGCAGCGGCUAG